CCUCAGCGGCACCAGGAGUACCUGAAGAUGCUGAGCGAGAGGGAGGAGGCGCUCGAUGAGGCUGAUGAACUGGAGCACUUGGUGACAUCGCGGACAGAGUCUGUGAACAUCGACCACCCAAACCACAUUGUAACAGUGACCACUAUCAGUGACCUGGACCUCUCAGGGGCGCGCCAGCUGGGACUGACCACCCCUGUGGGAAAAAGUGAUGGAUCAGAAGAAGAGAAAGGGGAAGAGGUGGUGAACAAGCCUGUAAGAACAAUGCCCAAGAAGUCCAGAAACCCCUUCCUGUCUGAAAAGAUCUCUGCUCUUACUGCCACGCUGCACAUGCACAGCCGAAAAAAGACGAAAGGAAAGAGACCCCAACGUGGGCAAGGCCCACGCAAGAAAAUCCAGAAAUCCAGCACAGGGCGAACCACUAAGACUCAGCGACGGAGGCUGACAGGCAAAAUGGGCCGUGACCAAGAUUAACGGAGAAACUAGUGCUUGGACCAGCAGUUGGGACAGCGCUCCACAUCUGGCCUGCUGGUCUUCGGAGCCCCUUCAUUGUGGGCAAGGGCCUUGUUUACUUGGCUCUCUGACCAGCAGUGAGCCCAGUUCAGCCUUUCUCUCACUGCUGAGCGCUGGCCAGAGUAACUAGACACUCUACCCAUUUAUUUCUGCAGUGAUCUCCAGCUAAGUGUCUGGGUGCCUCAGAGUCUCUAAAAACUUCUACUGGGGGUCAGAUUCUCUUUGGCGUAACCCUUCUGUCCUUGGGCCUCCCUUCCAGAGCUGAUACUUGGCUUUAUUAAAGGAGAGGAUCUGGGGCUGAGUGCAACAGGCACAUCGUCAGGGCAAUUUAUGAGAUUUUGAGGAGCUCUGCUUCCACUCAUGCAUCAGUGCCCUGACAUUUCUGCUGUGCAGUAAAUCCUUUUUCCAUGGAGACACUGUGUCAUCUUGUCUCAUGUGUUUCUUUGUCAGUGCCACUCCUGAAUGCAGGGGUACUUUUUGUUUGGUACCUUUGCCAGGUGAAAGUUGGUAACUUUGUGAAUAAAUCUUUAUGAAGUCAUUUUGCUAA